GAGUGGGCAAGACCCCAUUCCUCAUCGUGCUCAGUCUGGCGCUGGGCCGCUAUCAUAUUCAGCGGCUUAAUCUGGAUGGCGUGACACCGGCGUGGCGGCGUGCCAAGGGCAUCGACAAUUUCCGGCGCAAGACUGGGCAGAUCCACGAAGGGCUGAUUCUGGAUGACCCAUCCAUGGACCGUCUCGAUGCAGCAGAUGUGAAAUCCUGGCUCACUGCAGAGGAAGAUCAGAACUGCAGUACUCGAUACACGGACGUGAAGUUAGCACGGAACGGCUUGCGGGCCUUGUCUGCUAACGAUUUGGAUGAAGAGGAUGAGCUCCCUCACGACAGGCGACGCACUUCCAUCACUCCUACCGAGUUCUUCGCACUUGUCAAGAAGUUCUUCACUUCCUACAAGGAGGUGGAUGUCCUGGCGAUCCUCAAACGCUGCGUGGCCCUUAUCUUUGGGAAGCACGCGCUAUAUCUCAGGUUGCCUAGCCAGGACCAUAAUGCGUUAGUGCAUUGCAUUCACGAGGAUGAUCUUCAUGUGGACCUGUUCACUGAGCGCGACAAGUCGUACUAUGCCAAGUACAAGGCUCGGCACCUUCGACAUUUCUACCUCCUCCGAGAGACGCUUGACAAGAAAGACUUCGCGACAACUCCUAGGACCAUGGCAACGACCCUCAUGCCGCAUCGAGUGGAGCAUCCAUCGCGCGCGACGCCUGAAGAGGACCCGGAUGAGGAGGCUGCCCGUGGAAUGCACGAGUAG